AUGUCUACUCCUGCCCAUCCUCUCAGGAAGAAAAUCAGGAUAACCGUCGUCGCUGCCGACGGGCUGUCUAAGCGAGAUGUCUUCCGCCUUCCAGAUCCCUUCGCAGUGAUUACAGUCGACGCGGAGCAAACACAUACGACGAGCGAGUCUUCUGUUGUUGCCGUGCAGAUAUUUGAUCAGCGCAAAUUCAAGAGACGCGACCAGGGUUUCCUUGGCGUAGUCAACGUGCGGGUCAGUGAUGUCCUAGAUUUGGACCUCGGUGGUCAUGAGAUGUUGACACUCGAUCUCAAAAAGUCUAACGAUAAUCUCGUGGUUCAUGGCAAGCUCAUCAUAUACUUGUCAACCAAUGUUUCUCAGCCUAUCUCAAACCCUGGACCCUCGCAAGUGCACGGUGUUGCUACUACCCUCAGCAACAUGGGCCUGAACGAGUCGAGCGUUUCUCUUUCCCCAAAUGGUGUGGGCUCUUCUGGCAAUCCGCUUUCUCGCACGCCUAGCGCUCACGCCUCCACCACGGACUCACCGAGCACCCCCGCUGUAAUGGGGAUGCCCUACACCUCAAAUCUCUCCACCGUCUCAUACUGUUCGAGCGGUGGACAUACAAUAUCACCCACUAGCCAGUCAGCAUCAGGGAUUUCACUCGGAUCAGUGAAUACCGCUCGGCAAGGGAACUUCAAUCCGACUGUUGAUCAGUAUGGGCCGCUUCCGCCCGGCUGGGAACGCCGUCUCGACCCCCUUGGGCGCACAUAUUAUGUUGACCACAAUACCCGAACGACGACUUGGAACAGACCUUCUUCCAACCAGAGUGUUAACCAUGUCGUCCACGACAACGAGACUAAUGCUGCUAGGGACCAGCACUCCCGUCGUCUCCUGGCCGAUGACAUGGUGGACGUUGGUAAUGCACAAGCCACCACUCACCGAACACCGUCGACCGCUGCAUCACCCAACGCAGCAACUACCGCUAUUGCUGCAGGCAAUAAUAUUACAACGACCGGUUCUGGCAGUCUUCCGCCCGGGUGGGAGGAGAGGUACACCCCGGAGGGCCGACCAUAUUAUGUCGACCACAAUACUCGCACGACAACCUGGGUGGAUCCUCGCCGGCAUACUGUUGUUCGUGUCAUGGGCCCCAAUGGUCAAGGUACUUCGUUACAGUCUCAGCCUAUGUCUCAGCUCGGACCAUUGCCCUCCGGAUGGGAGAUGCGUCUUACUUCUACCGCGCGCGUUUACUUUGUGGACCACAACACGAAGACAACGACAUGGGAUGACCCUCGCCUCCCUUCUUCUUUGGAUGCAAAUGUUCCCCAGUACAAGCGGGACUUCCGCAGGAAGCUCAUUUACUUCCGAAGUCAGCCUGCUAUGCGGGCCCAACCUGGCAAUUGUCAAGUUAAAGUUCGACGUAAUCAUAUCUUCGAAGACAGCUAUGCCGAGAUCAUGAGGCAAACGCCUAAUGACCUAAAGAAACGACUGAUGAUCAAGUUUGAUGGCGAGGAUGGUCUUGAUUAUGGUGGCCUCUCCAGAGAAUUCUUUUUCCUCCUCUCGCAUGAAAUGUUUAACCCCUUCUAUUGCUUAUUUGAAUACUCGGCGCACGACAAUUACACCUUGCAGAUCAACCCCGCAUCUGGCGUCAAUCCUGAACACUUGAAUUACUUCAAGUUCAUCGGGCGUUGUCUCGGUCUCGCGAUUUUCCACCGUCGCUUCGUUGACGCGUACUUCAUUGUCAGUUUCUACAAAAUGAUCCUGAAGAAGAAGGUAACUCUGUCAGACUUGGAGUCCGUCGACGCGGAACUCCACCGCGGUCUCACUUGGAUGCUUGAGAAUGAUAUUACGGAUGUAAUUGACGAAACGUUUACUACAACGGAAGAACGUUUUGGGGAACUCCAUACGAUCGAGUUGAAGCCAGGAGGUGUUGACGUCAACGUCACAGAGGAAAACAAGAAAGAAUACGUCGACCAUAUCGUCGAAUAUCGCAUCUCAAAACGUGUCAAGGAUCAGUUUGAGGCGUUCAUGUCGGGAUUCAGCGAGUUGAUUCCACAAGAUUUGAUCACGGUCUUUGACGAGCGGGAACUUGAGCUGCUCAUCGGCGGAAUGUCCGAGAUCGACGUGGACGACUGGUUCAAGCAUACAGACUACCGCGGCUAUGAGACGAACGACGACGUCAUUCAAUGGUUCUGGAAAUGCGACCUGCAGGGCUCUGACGGGCCGAGACGUUUCACGAUCGAAAAGUCGGGCGAUCCGUCGCAAUUGCCGAAGAGUCACACUUGCUUCAAUCGCAUUGACUUACCACCAUACAAAGAUUACGCAAGCUUAGAGCAGAAGCUGACACUGGCCGUAGAGGAAACCGUUGGCUUUGGUCAGGAGUAAGAAUAACCUAUGUGGGCUACGCCAUUCACAACAUAUGCUUUCCUUCUGCUUCUUUCUGUUCAGUACCAAGCUAUACUGCUAUUACCUACAUUUUUUUUCCCAGAGCUGCGGAAUUCCAGGCCAUUUACCCUUCACUGUUACUUGUUGUAGCUACGGCCAUACUGUUAAGGAUGCUUAUAUAUUGCAGGAUGUGAUGAAACUUCGAUUCCGAGAAAAUACAGUGCGGCCAAUAAGAACUAGCAUACCGGAUUACAUAAGGUAGCACGAACCGAACGAACGCCGGCCGAUCAUUCCCUUUUCAAAUGCAAACCCAAUAUAAAUA